AUGGACUCAGGGGAUGGCUCUGGUCCAAAACAGAGGAACAGGUCAUGUCAAAAUGGUAAUCUUACUCCGUCUUCUUCGACUUGUGCUGUGAAUAUUGGAAAAGAGGGUGUGAGUUGUGGGAGGAAAAGAAAAAUGGUGGUUUCUGAAGAUGCAACAAAGUUCAGUCCAGCAACUUGUGAGCCUAUCAUUGGACGGGUUAUCGUUGAGGAAAUACCUAAUAAUGAUGAUGAUGAUACGGAUGAUUCGGAGGAUGAUAAUGUUGUUAUCAUUGUAGAGGAGGAAGAGAGUAAUAUGUUGAAUGAAAAAGAUGAGGAGGUUGUUUCAUCUACCUCAAGCAUGAAGUCGGUGGAAGUGCAUACUGAUAGCACCUCAUCUUCUGAGUCUGAAUCAGAAGAUGUAAAGAAUGAAGAAGGAGAAAAAGAGUCGAAUGGGGGGUUAGCACCUGAGCUUGUUGUUGAGAGUGAAAAGCAGAAGAAAGGCAGAUCAUAUCUUCUUCGUUCACGUUCACUUUCUAAGUCCAAAAAGAAGAAGUUGAACAACGGAAAUGGUAGUAGCAGCCCAAUUCUUCUUACUGCUGAGGAGGAGUCUAAAUCUGAAGAAGAUUGCGACAUUGAUGACUCGGUGAAGAAUGUUGUUCAGAAGGAUGUCGUUCAAAAGGACAGGAGGAUUGGAAAAAAGAUUCUUGAAGAUUCGGAAUUUAUGAAAUUUGUUAUUGAUUCCAUCAUAAAUGUUAAUGAUCAUGAUAAAAUUACUCCUUUUGAAAAGAAGGAACGGGUUCCUGUCAAGGAAACACUUCCUUUAGUAUUUCGGUUUGAAGACGAGGAACCUCCUCCCCCUGAGAAAGAAGAAUGGGAAAAGGAAGUUGAAGAUCUUUUUGCUGAAAUGCAGAUGUGUAUCUUAGAGUCAGAUAUUGGCUUUACAAAUUCAUCCGCUUCGCAGAUGCAGAAUGGAGAUUUAAGUGACUGUCAGAUGGGGAACCACAAACUUGUUCUAGAUGAACAAAUUGGGCUCAUCUGUAAAGUUUGUCCCUAUGUGCAUUUGGAGAUCAAGUACAUCUUCCCUUCUUUUGCUCAAAGAACUCGAGGGAGAUAUGAAAGAAAACAUUUAGGACAAUCGCCGUCACUCUUGGAUGUUGGUGGCUUCAGAUUCUCUGAUUCUUCUGAAGUCCAAGAUUCUCUGAUUAAUGAAGAAGGAACUGUGUGGGAUUUAGUUCCACAAAGUGCCAAAUCAACCAUGCAUCCUCAUCAACGUAGUGGAUUUGAAUUUAUGUGGAAAAACGUUGCUGGAGAUAUAAAUCUCGAGAGGCUGAGACAGCCCCUAUCUGAUAGCAAAGGAGGAUGCAUAAUCUCACAUCCACCUGGAACCGGGAAAACCCGUCUCACCCUAGUAUUUCUUCAGUCGUAUUUGAAGCUGUUUCCAAAGUCUCGACCUGUAAUCAUAGCUCCUUCCAGCUUGCUGCUUAACUGGGAAGCUGAGUUCCAGAAAUGGGAGGUGGACAUUCCCUUCCACAACUUGAACAGCAAAGAUUUCUCUUUACAGGAAGAUGAAGCUACAGUGAGUGUGUUUCGCUGUUUAUCCCAUGCGGGAAAGAGAAAUCCACACCUUAUACGAAUGGUGAAGCUGGGAUCCUGGGUUAAAGGUAAUAGCAUUUUGGGGAUCAGUUAUGAUUUGUUCAGGAUUCUUACCGGAGAUGAUGGAGACGGUUACGCUAAGCCGAUUAGAGAAAUCCUUCUUAAAUAUCCUGGUCUUCUGGUACUUGAAGAAGGGCACACUGCUCGGAAUGAGCAAAGCCUUGUCUGGAAAGCUUUGAAAAAGGUUGAAACAGAGAAGCGCAUAGUUUUGUCUGGAACUCCUUUCCAGAAUAACAUCAAGGAGUUAUACAACACUCUCUGCGUCGUCAGUCCAAAGUUUGCUGCAGAUUUGGAGCAGAAAUGGGCUUCUCUUAGCAGUUCCAUCGACAAGAAUGCCCGAGCAUUGGAAGAGCUUAGGGACAUUAUUUCACCACUUGUCCAUAAGUGUAGUGAAAAUGUAAAGAAGGUAAGCCUUCCGGGUAUAAGGGACACUGUAAUUCACCUGAAACCCACAGAUUUGCAGAAGGAGUUGCUUAGAAGGAUUCCUGAGAAUCCAAGCUCCUUUUAUGAACAAAAUAUGGUGUCUCUUAUCUCUGUUCAUCCUUCAUUAGUGGCCAAUAGGAAGGAGUUCUCUGACUUAGAAAGUCAGCUAAAAGAGAGAGGUUGUCGGUUGGAUCCAGAUACCGGAGUAAAAAUGAAAUUUGUUGUUGAGCUUAUCAGACUUUGCGGUGGGCUGAAGGAGAGGGUUAUAAUAUUUAGCCAACUACUUGAUCCUCUAAACCUGAUCAAGGAGCAACUCAGUUCUCUCUUUGGAUGGACUUUAGGUCGGGAGAUUCUCUACAUGGAUGGGAAGCUUGAUGUGAAGCAGCGGCAGAUAUCUAUAAAUUCUCUUAAUGACCGUAAGAGUGAUGUAAAAGUGCUGCUUGCAUCCAUAAAAGCCUGUUCAGAAGGAAUAAGUCUGAUAGGGGCCUCAAGAGUGGUUUUGCUUGACGUUCUCUGGAAUCCCUCAGUAGAAGAGCAAGCCAUCAGUCGAGCUUACAGGAAUGGGCAGACCAAAUUUGUGCAUGUUUACUGUCCAGUAACAUCAAAAUGGGAGGUUGACAAGAUUGAACAGCAGACGAGAAAGAAGUACCAUUCAGAUGUUCUUUUGUCUAGGAAUCAUGAAGCCAAGAUGGAUCCUUCAUGUUCUGAGUCAGAGGAUACCAUACUAGAAUCCAUGUUUGAGCAUGAGGGCCUCCGUCAUAUUUUCGAAAAGCUCUCUCAUGCACCACGUGUGCUGCCGCCUACUACAUGCCUUGAUUCUUGUAACCAACCUCCAAAACCAAGCAGUUAG